AUGGAAUCCAAAAGACCUCUUAUUAACAGAAACGAAGAAGAAGAUAUAGAGUUGGCUACAAAACGAACGACUGCAUAUAAUGCAUCACCAGAAUGCAAAUCUGAAUCAGAGAAUAUUCACAGUAUUAAACAAUCUACUCGUCCACAAAGAAGACCAUCUUUAUUUCAUCGGAAAGCAACAUUGAUAUUAACUAACAUUGUCGCUGUUAGUCUAAUAACUAUCAUUAGUAUUAUAAUAUGGGUAGUUUUCAUCAAAAAGGCCGAAACAACAAUUAAUACAACUAUAGCUACAACUGAUGCAUCGACAACAAGAAACGCAAUGGUUACAACGUCGACAACAACAACAACAUCAACAAUGCUUACUGCGUCGACAACAACAGCAAUACUUACAACGUCGACGACAACGACAACAACAACAAUGCUUACUACGUCGACAACAACAACAAUGGUUACAACGUCGCCCACAAAAACUUCAAUGACUACAAUGUCAACAACAAAAAUAACAAUGCUUACAACGUCAGCAACAGAAACAACACUUCUUACAACGUCGACAGCAGAAACAACAAUGAUUACAACGUUAACAUCAAAAACCGCAAUGGACACAACGCCCACAGCAAAAACAACAGUGCUUACAGCAUCGGCAACAGAAACAACAAUGUUUACAACGCUAACUAAUUCUCAUAUAACAACAAUGAAUGAACCAAAACUCAACAAGUGGAAACAAAAUGGCAUCACUGUGGCUGGUGGAAAUGGAGAAGGAGAAGAAUUAAAUCAACUAAAGCACCCAACAGAAAUCUUUAUUGAUAAAAAUAAAAAUAUGUUCAUCGCUGAUUAUUCCAAUCAUCGUAUUGUUGAAUGGAAAUAUAAUGCAACGGAAGGACAAAUCAUUGCCGGUGGAAAUGGGCAAGGAAAUCGAACAGACCAAUCGAAUGAGCCAACAGAUGUGAUUGUUGAUCAACAAAAUCAUUCAAUUAUCAUUGCAGAUUCUGAGAAUAGACGAGUGAUCCAAUGGUUUAAUCAAACUCAACAAAUUCUCAUUCGCAAUAUUGACUGUUGGGGUUUGGCAAUAGAUAAACACGGAUUUCUUUAUGUUUCUGACUGGAAGAAGAAUGAAGUGAGACGAUGGAAAAUGGGAGAAUAUAACAAAGAAGGAAUUGUAGUGGCAGGCGGAAAUGGAGAAGGACAUCAACUCAAUCAACUCAGUGCUCCUGAUUUUAUCUUAGUUGAUGAAGAUCAAUCUGUUUAUGUAACAGAUCGAUACAAUCAGCGUGUAAUGAGAUGGAGAAAAGAUGCAAAAGAAGGAAAAAUCGUGGCUGGAGGAAAUGGUAAAGGAGCAAAUCUCAAUCAAUUGUUUGAACCUGCAGGAGUCACUGCUGAUGAUUUGGGUCAAAUCUAUGUGGUAGAUUGGGGGAAUCAUCGAAUAAUGCGUUGGCGUGAAGGAAAAGAAGAAGGUGAACUUGUUGUUGGUGGAAAUGGUAAAGGAAAUCAAUCAAAUCAAUUAAAUAGUCCCUGUGGUUUAUCUUUUGAUGAUGAAAGAAAUCUUUAUGUUGCUGAUAGGGGAAAUAAUCGAAUUCAAAAAUUUGAAAUAAUUUUGUGA